AUGGCUGUCGCCUACCUGCUGGGCAACGGGUCCGCGCCGCUGCUCGCCGGCGCCCUGGAGGUCCCGUUCGCCGCCAACGCCUCCGCCUGCCGCCCGCCCUGCCCGGCCUGGGGCAACGCCUCGGCGGCGCUGGGCUGGAACCGCUCGGAGCCCUGCGGCGGCGGCAAUGGCAGCGCGGGCGGCGGCGGGCCCUGCGCUCCCGCGGGCGGCGGCCCCUCCGUGGUCACCGCCAUCGCCAUCAUGGCCCUCUACUCCGUGGUCUGCGUCGUGGGGCUCUUCGGCAACUUCUUGGUCAUGUAUGUCAUCGUCAGGUACACAAAAAUGAAGACUGCCACCAACAUCUAUAUUUUCAAUCUUGCAUUGGCAGAUGCCCUAGCAACAAGUACUCUGCCAUUCCAGAGUGUGAAUUACUUGAUGGGAACCUGGCCAUUUGGUACCAUCCUUUGUAAGAUUGUUAUAUCCAUAGACUACUACAAUAUGUUCACCAGUAUCUUCACACUCUGCACCAUGAGUGUGGAUCGCUACGUGGCUGUUUGCCACCCAGUUAAGGCCCUUGAUUUCCGUACCCCCCGAAAUGCCAAAAUUAUCAAUGUCUGCAACUGGAUUCUUUCCUCUGCCAUUGGCCUGCCAGUUAUGUUCAUGGCGACUACUAAAUACAGGCAUGGCUCAAUUGACUGCACACUUACAUUCUCCCACCCUGCUUGGUACUGGGAGAACCUCCUGAAAAUCUGUGUGUUCAUCUUUGCCUUCAUCAUGCCGGUCCUGAUCAUUACGGUGUGUUACGGGCUGAUGAUUCUACGCCUGAAGAGUGUUCGCAUGUUAUCUGGCUCCAAAGAGAAGGAUCGGAACCUGCGGAGGAUCACAAGGAUGGUUCUUGUAGUGGUGGCAGUGUUUAUUGUCUGCUGGACUCCCAUCCACAUUUAUGUUAUCAUUAAAGCCCUGGUCAACAUCCCAGAAACUACUUUCCAGACUGUCUCCUGGCACUUCUGUAUUGCUCUAGGGUAUACAAAUAGCUGCCUUAAUCCAGUCCUUUAUGCAUUUCUAGAUGAGAAUUUCAAAAGGUGUUUCAGAGAGUUCUGCAUCCCCACUUCCUCAACCAUUGAGCAGCAAAACUCCACCCGAGUCCGACAAAACACUCGUGACCAUGCUUCCACUGCCAACACUGUGGAUAGGACUAACCAUCAGUUGGAACUUCAAGAAGCUGAAACCACUCCACUGCCGUGA